GUCAAGAAUCUUCUUCCAAAAAUACCCAUCGGAUUCUUUGAUCCUAAUUCACCGAAAUAGCCUAUUUUUGUUCAGAUCGCACUCUAAAAAAAAUACGUGUUGACAGUACCUUUUACCAAAGCCAACAUAUUUCACCGAGCAAGGGUGCGACCCCCCUUAAAUACCUCUCUUUAACGUCGAGUGGCGUGAGUGAUGGCUAGCAAAUAUAGCAAUCUCUCCCAAUUUAAUGUAUGGAAACUCUAUCAGGCUUUUAAAUUUCCGCAUUGCUUUCAAUAGAUAAAUAGCAAGCGAGAUGAUGAUUCCUUCUUAGUGUGCAAAAGCCUUUCCUGCUGUAACAUUCAAUCACGUAUCAACCUUUACAUGCGAUACACAGAGCCUAACAGCGCAAGAUGUAUGAGCCGUCGACAGGAGAGCAGAUCCUUCGAGACGCUUUCAUAUUAAUCUUGAUGGUUUUCAUUGUGGUGGGAAACACCCUGACAAUUGCCGCAUACAUAAAAAACUUCAGGUUACGGACGAGUGCAAAUGUGUUCAUAGUCGGUUUAGCCUUAUCAGAUUGGCUUGUGGGCGCUAUUGCUGUUCCCUUGUACAUUGUGAAUUUGAGGACAGAGAGCUCCAGUGCACUCUUCAUCAGGUUCUACAUAUCACUGGAUAUUUUUAGUGGCACUGCCUCAGUCUUCCAUUUGGUAUCCGUCACAGUGGAAAGGUACAUGGCCAUUUCGAAACCAUUCCUGCAUCGGCGUCUUCCCCUCAACUUUUAUUACUGUGUUUUGGGCGUGGUGUGGGUAUUGUCUCUGUCCCUUUCCUGCCUCAAUUUCACUCUAACGCCAAGCGCCAGCGGGAAAUAUCCCUUCUACGUUCUUUUAACAGUGUUUUUCUUGGCGUUGCUUGUCAUUUCUUUGUUAAACGUGCUAAUUUUCAAGAUCGCCAGGUCGCUGGUUCGUAACACAGUGGAGCCCGCACCAGCAGUUGAACAGGACCGAACCAGAGGAAGCUUGAGAAGUCAAAUUCGUCGCGAGCGAAGAACAGCUACGACGUUGGCAAUGUUCUGUGGCGCGUUUUUCGUGACCUGGCUCCCUCACGUGAUAGGCGUGCUCGUGUUCACGUUCUGUUUCCCCUGUGAUUUGGCCCCGGUGGAUAUAGGCCGUGUUGGUGCAUUUGUCAAAUGCAUGCAGUACAGCAACAGCGCACUCAACCCCUUUCUGUUCGCGUUUCGCGAUGCCGAGAUAAGCAAGACUAUUUCGUCGCUGGUGAGUGGUUGCUGGAAUUUCGUCCAACCGUACGCAACCUUUCGGUCAAGUAUUGCAGCGACGUCGACAUUAACAAGCUAAAGAACAAAAACCUUCAUGGUGCUGUAAAAAAAUGUACGUGAUUCUCUGCUCUUGAGAAGUGGUAAUUAUAACUCCCUCUAUCUUACGUCUGAUUACUAUUCUAGCGCUA